UGAUAGGCCGCGCAUGCGUCUCGCGCACGCCGCGCUGCUCGAUCGACGAUUCGAGGGGCGACUAGCGAGGCCUUAGCGCGCCCAGCCCAGACGCGUCGCUGCCAGAGUCCCGCAGCUAGGCGGCCGGGAGCUCGCACGGGGGUCGGCGAGGAAAGAUGUUCCGCAACCAGUACGACAACGACGUCACGGUUUGGAGCCCCCAGGGGCGAAUUCAUCAAAUAGAAUAUGCCAUGGAAGCUGUGAAACAAGGCUCAGCCACCGUGGGGCUGAAAUCAAAAACGCACGCCGUUCUGGUUGCUCUAAAGAGAGCACAGUCUGAGCUGGCAGCUCAUCAGAAAAAAAUCCUGUACGUUGACAACCAUAUUGGUAUCUCAAUUGCUGGACUUACUGCUGAUGCAAGACUCUUGUGCAAUUUCAUGCGUCAGGAGUGCCUGGAUUCCAGAUUUGUGUUUGAUAGACCCCUUCCAGUUUCUCGUUUAGUGUCGCUAAUUGGAAGCAAAACCCAGAUACCAACGCAGCGUUAUGGCAGAAGACCAUAUGGUGUAGGUCUGCUCAUUGCAGGUUAUGAUGAUAUGGGUCCUCACAUCUUCCAGACUUGUCCUUCUGCAAACUACUUUGACUGUAAAGCAAUGUCUAUUGGUGCUCGUUCACAGUCAGCUCGAACUUACUUGGAGAGGCACAUGACUGAAUUUGCUGACUGUAAUCUAAAUGAGCUAGUUAAACAUGGACUGCGCGCUCUGAGAGAGACUCUUCCUGCUGAGCAAGAUCUGACCACCAAAAAUGUUUCCAUUGGAAUUGUGGGCAAAGACAUGGAGUUUACUAUCUAUGAUGAUGAUGACGUAGCACCAUUCCUAGAAGGUCUUGAGGAGAGACCACAAAGAAAGCCUGCUCCACCUGCUGAUGAACCUGCGGAAAAGGCAGAGGAGCCCAUGGAGCACUAGUUGGUGAAUGAAUUCCUCUGUGUGUUAACCUACGUGUAAUUAUACAGGAACAUAUACCCAUCUGCUGGUAAUCUUUAUCCUGACGUAUAUGCGUCUUCUACUGACACAUUCUGAGGAUUACUCUUAAAAAAAAAAAAAAAAGAAAAGAAAAGAAAGGAAAAAAAAGAAAGUAAACAAACCCACCUAUCCUUGAAUGGUAGACAGGAUAGUUGGAUCUAUUUUCUUUGACAAGAAAGAUGUUACCGUUUUCUAAAUAGUGCACAAUACUGUUUUUUUUUUUUUUAAUGAAAAGCAUAUUGCCUUUAACUUGUAAGGACAAGUGGAAAUAAAUCUUUCUUGGAA